AGGCAGAAACAUUCUUAUUGUGUAUGCUCACCAGGAGCCAAAAUCAAUGAAUGGAUCUCUUAAGAAUAUUGCAGUGGAUGUCCUGAGCAAGCAGGGAUGCAGUGUUACAGUCUCUGAUUUGUACACUAUGACAUUUAAUGCAACUGCAACCAGAAAUGACAUCACAGGAGACCUCUGCAAUCCUCAACACUUCAGCUAUGGAAUAGAGACGAAGGAAGCAUUCAAGAAAGGCUGUUUAUGUGAGGAUAUUCUUGAGGAGCAGAGAAAGGUUCAUAAGGCUGACUUGAUCAUCUUUCAGUUUCCUUUGUACUGGUUCAGCUUUCCUGCUAUCAUGAAGGGCUGGAUAGAUCGAGUCUUUGUACAAGGCUUUGCCUUUGAUUUCCCAGGCUGCUAUGACACUGGACUCUUCAGGAAAAAAAAAGCACUUCUUUCAUUUACAACUGGAGGAACAGAAGAGAUAUUUAGCAAAGAAGGAGCAAGUGGAGAUAUCCGGUAUCUACUCUGGCCCAUGCAACAUGGCAUUAUGCACUUCUGUGGAUUUCAAGUUCUUGCCCCUCAGAUAUCUUAUGCACCAGAAUAUGUGGCAGAAGCAAAAAGGAAAGAAAUGCUAAUGAACUGGGCUCAAAGACUGGAGAAGAUCUGGGAGGAAUCUCCUAUAGACUGUACCCCACCUUGGUAUUUUCAUUAG